AUGGAACAUUUUGAUUAUAUUCAAAGUCAAAUAAUGAUGAUGAACAAUAAUAUACAAAAUCCAAAUCACUUAAGUAUUAAUGGGUCGAAGCAAAGAAAGCUCGAUUCUAUAUCCAAAAUUGCUGAAAAUGCAAAUUUGCAAUUUGGAACAUUUCCAAAAUCAGACGAUCUCAAGUUAAUUUCUACAGGGAUUGAUAGCUACCACAAUAUAUACACGAGCGGAAGUAAUCCCGAGUUGGGAUACUCCAAUGAUUCAAUAGGCUCAGCUAUCCUGAACGAGAUGAUUCCUGCCUUGGAUAAUUCUACAUUACCUUCAAUGUACGUAGAAAAGGAAAUUUCGCAGCCAUCUUUGUCGAGUGGUUCUAAUCCACGCUCAUUACUUGAAGGCAUGUCUAACUAUGAUGGGUAUCGGGAAGAGUCUAAAGAAAGAGAGAAUAGUUUUGAAAAUGAUCAAACUAUUUAUGAAUUUGCUAAAGAAGUGUUCGAACCCGAAGGUAUAUAUGAUGGUAACUUUGAGGACGCUUCGACGGUCUGGGGUAUCCAAAAUAAUAAGCUUAAUUGUGACACUGAUGUGAAGGUACCUAAAAACUAUCAUUACAAUCAGAAACAAUAUAUGAAUCAAAUAAAGAUGACAAAUUCAAAGACGAACUCUAUAGAAAGCUUAGCAACUAAUGAAUAUAACGAGAAGCAGGUUGAGUUCUCCCCGGUACCAAAAUUGAAACAAGGAUUAUUUUCAACAGAAGACUAUAAGAUCAAGAGAGACAGAAAAAGUACAAAUAUGAUACCAAAAUUUAUCGUUGAUAAAUUUAGAUUGACUUUUGCUAACGAUCGCAUCAAACUAUCAAUCAAAGAAUCAAGCAUACAAUGUCUCUCUAUCACCAUCGACUACAAUGGGUAUGCAGGAAGACUAAUUGGUGCACCGGUGAUGAAUAAUAAUUUGACGAACGAAGCAAUUAAUCCAAACGCAAAACAAUCCACAGAAGUGAAAUUAAUCGAGCUUAUAAAGACGAAUUCUCUGAUAAUCCAACCGCCUCCCAUGUCAACAUUAUGGCAAAGGGUCAAAUAUCCUAGAGAUGUUAGUGAGUUAGACGGGACAAUAACAAACAUUGUUUACAAAAAGAGCUCGAUUUAUGAUUUUAAUAAUCCUUAUGAACCUCAGUAUUACAGAUUUGAACUAGACGACCACGGUGACUUAGUUAAUGAAAGCAAAUGUGGAAUGUGUGCUUACUGUGAGAAAGUCAAGUUUCUUCCAUUCAAGAAUUCUAGCUAUUUGUCCCAUCUAACUUUAGAACAUGGAAUUUUUUCCAAUAACUAUUUGACUCCUGAAGGUGUUUGUUACGGCAGAUAUCUUAUCACCAAAAAUUCUCAUAUUUAUGACAGUGAUACUACGCCGAAUUCUGAAAGUCCUGAAGAUUCGAACGGCAAUAUCAUAAAAAGGCGGACAUUACACAAGCCUCGUGUAACCGAAGCUCUUGCAUGCCCUGCUUGUUUUGAAAUUAUAGAAGUCGGAUGCUGGAAGAUGAAAUCAAACCCUCUAUUGAGCUAUUUUAGGCAUUUCAAGAAGCACCACAAAAAUCUAACAAACCAACGGGCAAACUUCCAAACAAAUCCAUUACUAACAAUAUCAAAACGAGGGAGAAAACUACAGAUAUUGGAGUCUUAA